GAGCGUGCAGGGCCUGUGAUAGAGAUUUGACGAUAUAACGUGGCUGUGGCUGUCUGCUACAUCUCCGCAAAUCUCUCCCUCUCUCUCUCUCGUUUUGUUAGUGGACUCUGUGUUCUGUAUGGUCAGGCACGGACCAAGCCCACUUGCUUCACCAUUUCCCUCGUUCGAUUGUCUCUCGGACAUUGAUGCGCCACAGGAAACCUCCUCUCUCUCUAAAACUUAGAAUCUAGAUUGGGGUCUUCUUCUCCACUGCUUUUCAUGGAAACAAAUUUAUCAAAAAGUCAAAGUCAGAGUUUAAAAGCUCCGCUGCUCAUCAUUUGCUGAUCAAAGCUUGGUGUUUUCUCUUCAUCUACAGCUAGGGUUUUGAUGGAUCACCAAAAAGGUUUGAGCUUUGCGAAAGAUUAGGGUUUGAUUCGAGAAACCAAAGCUCAAAGAUCAGGAAUUGAUCUCACAAAUAGAGAGAGAGACUCAGGAAAUGGAAAUGGGAGAGAAAGAGAGGGAGAUGGAGAUGCCAAGCUCCUUCAGGUAUUACACUUCAUCCACUGAUCACCAUGGAAGAAGAAAAAAACAAGCAACUGAUCAUCAAACCCUAUACCACCAUCACCACCGUCCUCCUCCUCCGCCGCCUAUCCACCACGGAGUCAGCGAGAGGAGCAAACCCACGAGCAGAGAUUCCGACCCGAAUCUGAACUCGGACUCGGAACCGGAACCGGUCUCUGCAACUCCCGUGUCUCCUCUUCCCAGAUCACACGCAAGACCUUCUCCACCUUCCCAUCUCCACCAUCACCUGCGGCAGCAGAAGGUGAGAUACAGAGAAUGCCAACGGAACCACGCCGCGAACUCCGGCGGCCACGUCGUCGACGGCUGCGGCGAAUUCAUGCCCGCCGGCGAAGGGGAUACGCCGGAAUCUCUCCGGUGCGCGGCCUCCGACUGUCACCGGAGCUUCCACCGAAGAGAAGUUGACGGCGAACUGACGCUGAAUCUCAACACGUUCGGACACUACAACGUGGUCGCCGCCACCGGGAAAGUGAGCUCUCAGAGGAACCAGGUGUUCCCUCCUCCGCGGAAGCCGCCGCCUCCGCCUCUCCUCCUCCACCACCACGCGUCUCCGAUCAUGAUGAGUUUCGGAGGAGGCGGCGGUGGAGGACCGGCGGAGUCAUCGACGGAGGAUCUCAACAAGUUCCAUCAGUCCUUGAGUGCUAAUGGAAUCGAUCAGCUUCAGCAGCCGAGGAAGAGGUUUAGGACAAAGUUCAACCAAGAACAGAAGGAGAAGAUGCAGGAGUUUGCGGACAAGAUCGGUUGGAGAAUAACCAAGCAAGACGAUGAAGAACUUCAACGGUUCUGCUCUCAGAUCAAUGUGAGACGACAAGUGUUCAAAGUUUGGAUGCACAACAAUAAUAAGCAAGCAGCAGCGAGGAAGAAACAGAUGUAAGAUCAUAUAUACUCAAAAGCCCUAAUCUUGCAGAAUCUUACACAUUGCAGAAGUAGAACAUAAAGAUGAAACUCGGAUUUCAUUUCAGAACCUGCGUGCAAGUAACAGUAGACAGUUCUUGAAAUCUAACAUCAUCAAGACCUGCCACUACAUGUGGGAAUAUACAUACAUACAUUCAGACAUAUAUGUGCUAGUGUUAUACAUAGUUUUAUAUGUUCAUAGCUCGGCACCUCGAUGUCUCAUCUCGGAACCCAACUCUCCAGCAGCCUGAGAAGCUUUCUCUUUUGCAGCCUCGUAAGCAUCUCUAGAUUUCUGGGUCAUCGUCUCCUUGGCUUCACCAUAUUUCUCCCCGACCUUUUCAAUGGCCUCUUCGAAAGCUCUAGCCGCUUCUCCCGCGCCAUCCUUGGCUUCGAACGAUCUCUCUUUCGCGUACUCAACCGAUCCUUCCAUGGCCUCGUAACCCUUGUUCGCUUUCUCUCUCCCGUAAUCCAUAGCCUUCUCCAUGCUUUCUUUGGCAUCGUAUGCUUUGUCUUCUGC